ACGAUCUUUGCGGUGACAGAGUUUGUGAGUGAGAACCUGGGUAAGAAGUUUGUGGAGAGCCCGCCGGUGGGACUACAGACCCUGUACGAUGAUAUGAACAACAUCACCCCCCUCGUUUUCGUCCUCAGUACCGGCUCAGAUCCCAUGGGGGCAUUCCUCAGGUUUGCCAGGGACAAGGGAUACACUGACAAAGUCCAGUCCAUCUCUCUGGGUCAAGGACAGGGACCAGUUGCCGAGAAACUAAUCCAUGCAGCCGUGAAAACCGGUGACUGGGUGUUCCUACAGAACUGUCACUUAGCAGCAUCUUGGAUGUUGGCCAUGGAAAACACUGUAAAAGGAAUGUCUGAAAAACCGGACGAAAUCCACGAGGACUUCCGACUUUUCCUCAGCUCCAUGCCGGCCAGACAUUUCCCCGUCAGUGUCCUUCAGAACAGUGUCAAGGUCACUAAUGAACCACCCAAGGGCAUCCGUGCCAACAUGAGGAGAGCUUUUGCUGAAAUUACACCCCAGUUCUUUGAGGAGCAUGUGCUUGCGUCCAAGUGGAAGAGGAUGAUCUUCGGCGUGUGUUUCUUCCAUGCUGUUAUUCUGGAGAGGAAGAAGUUUGGUCCACUGGGAUGGAACAUCAGGUAUGAGUUCAGUGAGAAUGAUCGUGAGUGUGCUCAGUUGAACUGUCAGAUGUUCUGUGCCGAGGGAAUCAUUCCAUGGGAUGCCCUUAUCUACAUCACAGGCAUGAUCACCUAUGGAGGUCGUGUGACAGAUGCCAUUGAUCAGAGAUGCCUGGAGACCAUCCUUAAGACUUUCUUCUACCCCAACACACUGGAGGAGGGCUACAAGUACUCACCCUCAGGUAUAUACUAUGCCCCUGACUACCCUACCCUACAGGAGUACAGAGACUAUAUAGAGACCCUACCUAUUAAUGAUGAACCAGAGAUCUUUGGCAUGCACGAAAAUGCCAACAUUGCUUUCCAGGCAGAGGAGACUAACCACUUGAUCCAGACCAUUCUGGACGUCCAGCCCCGUCAGUCCAGUGGUGGAACCGGAAAAUCCAACGACGAGAUCGUGUACGAGUUAGCAGAGAGCAUUCUGGGUAAACUGAUGGACAAACUGGACAUUGAGCAGGCCAAUCAGGAAAUGUUUGAGCCGGACGAGAAAGGUCGACUGAAUUCACUGACCACAGUGCUGACCCAGGAAGUGGACAGAUUUAACAAACUUCUGAAGGUCAUCAAGAACUCUCUUGAUCAGCUGAAGAAAGCCAUUAAAGGUUUUGUUGUGAUGAGUGAUGAAUUAGAACUUGUCUACCAAGCCUUCAUCAACAGUCAGGUCCCCAGCCUGUGGGCCAAUGCCGCCUACCCCUCCCUGAAGCCCCUGGGUAGCUGGGUCAAUGACCUCAUUUACAGGUGUGCCUUCAUUGAUAACUGGGUCAGGCACGGACAGCCCAAGUCUUUCUGGAUGUCUGGCUUCUUCUUCCCACAAGGAUUCUUGACUGGUACCCUACAGAACUAUGCCAGAAAGUACAACCUUCCCAUAGAUCACCUCACCUUCCAUUUCCACCCCCUCCCUCACUUCCGGGAGCAGAAGGAGGUCACCGCUCAGAUGGCGGAACUCAAAUUCGGGGAGGAGAUCGAGCUUGACAAAGAACUGCCCACUCCUCAAGAUGGUGUGCUGGUCCAUGGAAUGUUUAUGGAUGGGUUCCGCUGGGAUGAGAAGGAAAUGGUGGUCACGGACUCCAUUAAAGGCAUAAUGAACUCGGCCCUGUGUAUGUUCCACAUGGAGCCUAAGAUGGACUUUGUGCCUGACGAGGCAGAUUACAUCGCCCCACUGUACAAGACAUCAGCCAGGGCUGGAGUCCUGUCCACAACAGGACAUUCCACUAACUUUGUGGUGUUUGUUCACCUGCCUUCUAAGCAGCCUCAAGACUACUGGAUAUCUAAAGGGGCUGCCCUCUUGUGUCAACUGAAUGACUAAAGGGCAGACAACUCUUAAGGAACUAUAUGGAACUUUUAUUUGUCAGAGUGCUUAACUUAUAUUGCACAAUGAGUGUGAAAGUUGAAAAAAUUUGUACAUAGAGAUUCCACAAAUAUUCCGUCCUUCAAGACUUUAUUUAUUUGUUAUAAGAACUGUGAUAAUUUUACAUGUAUUGGAGUGCAUUUUUGAUUUUAUUUCUAUUAGAUUCAUGAUAUACUUUUGUAUAUAAAUAUGUAUUUUUGUUGACUUGAAAGAUGUCUUUUCUAAUAGGUGCAAGUUGCUAGAUGAAAGCCUUUAAUCUGUAUUUUCUCAGAAAUUAUAUAUUUUUAUUUUAUUUUAUUAUCUAACUGUGAUUUGGGUGUGCCUUUUGUUUUGUUUUCUAAAGUACAGUUCAUCUAUGUAUUUUUUUUAAAACAGUUUAAUAUAUGAACCCUUUAUUAUUGCUGUG